ACCAGAGGGCGCCACCAUUUGUUGUCAUUCUAACCAUCACAUGUACAAAAACCGCCUCGAAAAUGCUACUUUUCUCCCGAAAUCUCGACAAACUCUUUUUCCGUACCCUCGAAAAACAACUAGCUUUAACAUAUGCCACGUCCACGGAACCCCAGCGGGAAGAAGAAUUCCGCGUCCUCAAUCUCAAACAUGUAAAAGGCCAAGUGGCCCCUAGGCGCCCCCUUAAGAAAAUCGUGCCGCCGCCUCCUCGAACCCAACAAAUGGCGGAAAACCAAGACUGGGGCAACGUCUGGCCAGGGCCCCGUUCCUUCCACCCAGCGACAGUCCCCUUGCCCGUGCGACAAGGGUACGUCGAAAAGGGGGUUUCGCCGGGCAAAUUCGGCAACGCCGAGUUGAUGAAAAUCCCGAAUUUCUUACAUUUAACGCCCCCAGUGAUUAAGCGACAGUGCGAGGCUUUGAAGAAGUUUUGUACGCCGUGGCCGAAGAGUUUAGACAGUGAGGAGAAGUGUGAGAGGCACUUUCCCGUCGAGGUGUCGUCAAGCGACUAUUGUCAUUCGUCGCCGACGAUUCGGGAUCCUCUAGCAAGGAUCGUGAGUGUGAAGGUUAAGUUGGAAGCGUUGAAGUUGGACGCGAGGGCUAGGGAUAAGUUUUUGAGGCUGGUGGGGGAUAGGUAUGAUGAGGAGAGUGACACUGUGACGAUUGUAGCGGAUAGGUGUCCGUUGAAGAAGCAGAAUUAUGAUUAUGCGAUGUAUUUGAUUACGGCGGUGUAUCAUGAGUCUUGGAAUGUUGAGCCCUGGGAGGAACUGAAGAGUGAAGCUGACAUGGAGUACUAUAUUUGGGAAAAUAAUGCCUCGAAAGUCAAUGUUGAGAAGAUAUUUGGUAAAGAAGCCAAAGACAUACCUCAAAUUGAGGUGUAUUCUAGUGCAGUGGAUAAAUAUAUGAAUGAGGGUGAAAGUGAUCAUACUGUAGAACAAUAUGGGCAAGCUGUAAGAAAAAUUCUCAACUUACCAUCUCUUGGAGCGUGAUAUACUUUGUUUGUGUAUAAUAAGUAUUAAAAUUUAAAAAUAAAAUUUUAAAAAAUAACUAAA